AUGCGAGUUGUGACGAUCGCCGCAGCAAGUUGCUCAUUUUGCUCCACGGGCCUGCGUGUCGAGAUCAAUCGCUCUGCUGCGAUGGCUCUGGAGCUGCAGUACAAGUUCACUUUCAUCGACGUGGACGAGCAAGAUCCAGCCGAGGCCCAGCACGCGCGUUCUCGCAGCUGCCCUCCGACUUCUGGCCGGCAUUCCGCAAUGGACAUGGGCAUGGACGCGCACGAAGAGGAGAAGGCCAUGCGAGGCUACGUGGACAUGCUGAAGCAGAAGCAAGGGGAUGCCGGUUUCGCAAGAGCACUGCACCAGAAGGCAGACAGCCCUUUCGGCAGUGUCCUCGAUGCGAGCCCAGCAUCCACCGCGGCCCCCGAGAGUGAAGGUGAGUGGAGCCCAGGGCAGUCAAGCAACACAGACGACAGCCCUGCCACCUUCAUGGAAGGAACCCCCAGCAGCAGUUCGCUCGAUCGGCGUGUUGCUGAGCUGCUGCCGAGCCACGGCAGCUUGGGUCACCCGGAGGUCUGCCGCAGGCCUUGCAUCUACUUCUUGGCUGGGCACUGCGAGAACGGAAACGCCUGUGCCUACUGCCACCUCCCCCACAUGGAGAAGACUCCAAAGCUUGACAAGAGGCAGCGAACCAUCAUCCAGGGACUGAGCCGCCGAGAACUCUUGGCGCUGGUCCUGGAGUUUUGCCGCACAAAAGCUGAGCAGGUGGGCUUCGUCGAGGAAGCCUCCGAGGUGCUGGGCAUGCUGGAGGCAGAGUCGGCCAGCACGCGGGCCCUGCCGGCAUCCAUCUCGGACCGGGACAUCCGAAACCUGCACAAGACCCUGGCGCGCAUGAACUUCUCCAACCUGAUUGGAUUGGUGACGCACCAGUCCCCGAGCCGACCUGGAAACGCUUCAGAGAGCUCAGAGCAGCUGAUGGGAGCCCUGGAAAGGCUUCGCAUGCACUUCCUGCCGCUCGCGAUGUGA